AUGGACUUCGUGGUGCUCAAGUAUGCGCCAAAUGAGCCACCUCUGGCCUCGUACGCCCAAAACCACAUCAUGAACCAACUGGAAGUCAUGGCGAGGGAAGAGCUCGGAGAAACGCCCGAACUAAAGAAAGAGUGCUUGGACAAGUUCCGGGAACUUCUGCAAGGAGAAAAUGGUCUGCGACUUCCGCCCGAUUACGUUCUUCUUAUGUUCCUGCGAGCCCGAAAGUACAGAUUGAAUGACGCUGUAAAGACUCUUAAAAAUUAUUUCCGCGCUCGCAGCAGCCUUCCUGAGUACUUCGAUAACUUCUCGCCAUCGGCAAUUCCGUACCAGACAAUCAUUCGGGAGCACAAUCUGUUAGUGAUCUCAAAAGACAGAGACUCUCAAGGAAGAGCUGUAGGAUUGAUCAGAUUCGGAGCUUGGAACCGCAGCAUCUGUUCCCUGAGUGAGCUGGUCAAGAGCACCCUCGUGGCACUGGAGUAUCUUCUCCUUGAGGAGGAGACGCAGAUACGAGGAAUUGUUUGCGCCGACGACUUUGCAGGAUUGGGGUGGCACCACCUCAUUGAGAUGACUCCGAGAUUCCUUCGACUGGUCGUCGCUCUUGUUCAGGCACGUUCGGCUGUUCAGAAAAAAAAAAAGAGGUGUUUUGGAUCAACUAUACAAGGCUGACGAAACCUACACUUUGCAGUGUACGCCUGUUAGUUACACUUAGCUGCGCUAUACUUACACCUCGCGGGUCUCGUGACUCCUUUGCACGUGUCUCG